GUGAAAAACCUUUCCUCCCUCCCUCAUGCUCUCAUUUGCAGCGCUGCCUAGCACAGCUCUGUCCUCUCUCUCGCUCCUCUCCACAAAGGUACCACGAGCAACUGCGGCACUUCCUAUGGAGUAGGCUAUUCAAACAGUAAUAAAAGUUAGUUUGUUUAGGGACCCCCUCACUGCCCCCCAAAAAACCCAAACCAAACUUCCCCUCUGCAAGCCCGAGGAGAAAGUGUCAGCUAAGAAGUUCCAUCCCGUUGCCCGGAGGACAGACUGCCGUCCGAUCUUCCACCAAUACCGGGAGCAUGCCAGUGUUUAGAGAAAACAUGCAAGGGAGUCGACGUCACUGCUUGGCAAAGGACAAUCAAAGUAUUCAGUGUGCGGUGAAGUCCUGCUCCGGCGAGUAGGGGGAAAGGCUGGGCUCAGGAGACGGCAGCUCCAGGAUCCCGUCGACAGCCCAGCCGCGACGCCAGGAUGCUCUCCGGCGCUGUCUCACUGCUGCUGCUUGUGGCUGGCAUCCGCUCGGUGUCGGGAGGAGGUGCUGGCGGUGGAGGAUACGGGCAAGUGAAAUACAUGCAGCCCAUGGUGAAAGGGCCCCUGGGGCCCCCAUUCCGGGAAGGCAAAGGGCAGUAUCUGGACAUGUCACCGCUCCUGCCGAUGGAUCUCAAAGGAGAGCCAGGACCCCCAGGAAAGCCAGGCCCAAGAGGACCUCCAGGCCCCCCUGGAUAUCCAGGAAAACCAGGCACUGGGAAACCCGGACUUCAUGGCCAGCCAGGCCCUGCUGGACCCCCAGGAUUUUCUGGUAUUGGCAAACCAGGGAUCCCAGGGCUUCCAGGAAAGGCAGGUAUGAAAGGGAUGCCCGGCCCCAAAGGUGAGCCCGGCCUGAGAGGCGAGCAAGGCCAGCGAGGGUUACCUGGCCCGCCAGGCUUGCCUGGGCCAGCAGGCAUCUCAGUCAACGGGAAACCAGGCACGCAGGGUGCUCCAGGCCUACCAGGAUUUAGGGGUGAGCCUGGGCCAAAAGGGGAGUCAGGGCCUCGUGGGGAGCGUGGCUUAAAGGGUGAAAAUGGGGUUGGGAAGCCAGGUUUUCCAGGCCCCAGAGGAAAUGGAGGCCCCCCCGGCCCUGCUGGGCCUCCAGGGCCAAACGGCAUUGGGAAACCAGGCCUUGAUGGCUUGACAGGUGCUCCAGGAGGGAAAGGCGACUUGGGUCCACCUGGCGCCCCUGGGAUCAAUGGGGAACCGGGGCCAAUGGGGCCGCGGGGCCCGCCGGGCAUUGAUGGGAUAGGCAUCCCGGGGGUGGGAGGGCUGCCUGGGAUGCAAGGCCCUGUGGGGCCAAAAGGAGAACCUGGUAUCCGGGGCCUUCCCGGGUUACCUGGGCCCGCAGGCUAUGGGAAACCAGGCUUGCCAGGCUUAAAAGGCGAUCGUGGGCAACCAGGGAUGCCAGGAGUCAUUGGCGACAAAGGGGAACCAGGCAUAGAUGGGGAAGCAGGUGAGCAGGGCCCGCAGGGGCUCACUGGGCCCCCUGGGGUGCCAGGCUCCAUGGGCUUGCCAGGCAAACACGGGCUGCCAGGCCUCAAAGGGGAGGUUGGGCUGCCUGGGCCCCCUGGAAUACCAGGGAUGCGCGGAGACCAAGGGCCCAACGGGUUUGCUGGGAAACCAGGGGUGCCUGGCGAGAGAGGUUUGCCUGGGUCACAGGGACCCCCUGGGCCCCUGGGCCCAAAAGGAGAAUCAGGGUUCACAGGGCUCCCCGGGGUGCCCGGCUUAACAGGUAGUAUGGGACCAAAGGGAGACGGGGGGAUUCCAGGCCAGCCAGGCCUCCGGGGCCCCUCUGGGAUUCCAGGCCUACAAGGCCCUUCUGGGCCCAUGGGGCCACAAGGCUUACCAGGGCUGAAGGGGGAACCUGGCCUUCCCGGCCUGCCCGGUGAGGGGAAGGUAGGAGAGCCUGGCCUGAUGGGACCCAUUGGCCCACCUGGAAUACCAGGGACACCUGGAUUAAACGGGCCCCCAGGACUACCAGGGCCGCCUGGUCCCCCUGGGGCACCAGGGGCGUUCGACGAGACGGGCAUUGCUGGGCUGCACCUGCCGGACGGAGGCGUGGAAGGAGCGGUGCUGGGGAAUGGCAAGCCUGGGAAGCCACAGUACGGCAGAGGGGAGCUCUCUGCCCGGCUAGCACCUGCUUUCACGGCCAUCCUGACCUCCCCCUUCCCAGCCUCUGGCAUGCCCGUCAAAUUCGACAGGACUUUGUACAACGGGCACAACAGCUACAAUCCAGCCACUGGGAUAUUCACCUGCCCCAUCUCCGGCAUCUAUUACUUUGCCUACCACGUGCAUGUCAAAGGGACUAAUGUGUGGGUGGCGCUUUAUAAGAACAACGUGCCUGCCACCUACACCUACGACGAGUACAAAAAAGGCUACCUGGACCAAGCCUCAGGCAGCGCAGUGCUUGAACUGAAAGAGAAUGACCAAGUCUGGGUCCAAAUGCCCUCGGACCAAGCCAAUGGGCUGUAUUCCACAGAAUACAUCCACUCUUCCUUCUCCGGCUUCCUGCUUUGCCCCACAUAACAGCUGUUGGGGAGGUUUCCUUUUUACCCACUUUCGCCAUAAACUGUCUUGUGUUUUUUUUAAUAAUUUUUUUUAAAAAAUAAAAUAAAUACAAAAAAGAAAAAUCACUGGGAAGAACGCGCAAGUCAUUGGCGCAGGACCUCGCUUCACACUGUUUGCUCAAAGAGUCAAGAGGAUGCGUGGAGAGGAGCUUUUGUUGUUUCUUUGGGGGGGAACCAAGUGCAUUUGGAACAACUUUUACCUUGGUGACUGCACAUCAAACGCAGAAACUAGCUCGGGGUGGCAAGGAUCUAGCUAUGCAACUAAAUUGUUCUUUCACUCAGAGGAGGAAAGCUGAAGAAUCUAGACCCUUUUUGGUUGGUGAUCGAGUGUACUUGUUCCCGCUGUUAGCGCUUUCAAAUUAAAAAAAAGCCAUGUUGCGUGGGCACUAGCCAGUCCAGGGAUCCUACGCAUUCACCCCAAAUCUCUAGGAGUAGAGCUUCCUGGUAAAUAAACAAAUCCCCUUUCCAAUCAUUUCCCCCACGUUUCAAGCUUGGUUUAGACUGUGCUUUUCAUCAGUUUCUUGCAUUCAAUCAUGGUGGGUGGAUUUAGUUAAAAAGGUGCUUCUGCAAAGUGUUCCCCUUUGGAUAAGUAAAUAUUUAGGAAAAAAAUCUUUAGGACUAAUGUGCAUCAUUAUUAGCCUGGAAGUAGGAUAGGUGCCAGAUAUACUCCAAAUCCAGUCAGGGAAUUAGGGACCUGUGUGAUGAACAAUACUUCUUGACCUUUCAUUAAUUCAUGCAUUGGCAAGUUACAGGGCUAGUGCUAUCAUGAGGGUUUCUGUAGCCCAGAGACUUGAGGCUUAUGAAUGUUUUAUUUCCUGACAAUCCACAGAUGGCGUUACAAGCAAGGCUUAGGUUGCUACUAGCUGAUUUAAUGGAAGGUUUAGCAGUGCUUUCGGUAAGGUGCCAUUUAUGGACAUCUUACUUUUAAUGUCCGCCUGUCAGGAUGUGUAAACUUUUUCUCCUUCCACUUUAGGAACCUUUUAAUUAAAAAACCAACAUGCAUUCAUUCUAACUUGCCAUGCAUUCAUUCUCCAGCGGUGCUAUUAUCAACUAAGUGUUAUUUACAAGUGUAGUGCCAUUACUAUUUCUUUAAAGGGCACCGUUCUGCACGCAAGUUUCUGUGACAUAGGGAAAAAACCAUUUUGCACACGUCCUGUUGUUACCACUUUGCCUCAAUAAUGCUUGAAAUGGCAUUGAUUUGACUAUGAAUUUAGUUACAAAGUGUAUUUACAGUUUUUGGUAUUACAGCUCUUGGCCACACAGCGCCACUCACCUUGUUGAACGCUGUUGCUUUGCAUCUUGCCAUAAGGUAAAAUGGUUAGAGACCAUUGCAUUUAAAAGUUACUAAAGUGAUUCUUCUCAUCCUGGGUAGAUAGAAUGCUGUUGAAGUUAAGUCACAUAACAUACAGAAUUCUGUUCUGCAAAGAUGUGUGCCUAAGAAAAUAGCUGAAAUUCAUAGUCAAUAGCUCAGUGUUCAUUACUCUCAAAUGUCCAUGACGCUUGUAAUAUGGCCAAAGGAGAGAAAGAAUGUGACAAUAUUAUUUUCAAGAUUUAUUGUAGACACACGUAUUUAAACAUAGAUUUUGUUUCUUGAACUACACUCUGUGGGUCUUGGCAUCUAGGGCUUCCAUUUAUAAAAGCACACCUCUCCCUGAAUUACAAAAUAAGAAACACAAAAAGAAGGAAGUUAUAAACAAAAACAAAGGGGUGGGGAGACCCAAUUCCAGAAAGAUUCUGCCUGAAAUGUUAAACUAUGGAAUUUGUUUUUUUUCCUCUAUUUGGAUUUACAAGAGUAAGUUGUGAAGCGAUGGAACUUUUAACGAAGCCGAAUAUGGCUUGGGAUUUUGAACUCUGUCAGAAAUGUUGAAUGGCUCUGAGGUUCUUCUGCCUUCAGGAAUUAAAGGCCCAGAUUCUAUUGGCAAUCAGUUAUUUGCUUCCCACUUGAAAUAGGAGCUAUAAAGACCUAAAAUUAGACGAGGAGGAACUCAAUUGCGCUCUUCAAAUCCACACUUGAAAGGACAGUGGGAGCAUGGGACUUGUCUCUCCUUGGUUUAAAUGUAUUUUCCUGCGGAGAACUACAAUGAACUGGAGUUGAUAAUACAGCAUACCCCUUCAUUUCAGAGCAAAGAUGUCUCUCUACUUUUACCACAUAACACAGCCAGAGGCAGAGAUAGUAACUUGCAUACGCUGCCUGCAAUAGACCGGGUAAGGAAUUUCCCCUCCAAGGUGGAAGUUUAAGCCUGUUAUUCAUCAAAGCAACUUAUUUAUACUGUGUUCUAACCUAUGUUCUGUCCUGGAUUUGUUUUUAAUUCAAGCCUCUGGUUCCAGCUGGCAAAAACAGGGGCAGAAAUGCACAUUAUAACCAAACUCAAAUCUUAACUCAGUUUUGUAGAAAAUAUCACUUGCCAAUUUUCACUUUCCCUUCAUGUGCAGAGGAGAAAUCAUAAUCAACCUUCUGACGCGCUAUAACCCGUUACAUUGACACGGUAUGAAUGACAACAAUAUUACACACGCAGUGAGGCUAGGAAAACAAUGCACAGGGUGAAGGAGGGAAGGUGUUCCAAAAACCAGAUAUUGUGAGGAAGAUUUUUGUUGACGUAUUUAGUAUGUAAUGUUGCCAGCAGAGAGGUUUAUUUUCUGUCGUGUGUGAGCACUUGGGAUUUUGGGAUCUGUCACACACAGCAAAAAAUGGUUGGGGUGGAUGAACUUUGUCAAUUUUUAACUAUGAAAACUACAUUACAGUGUGCAUUUUUAUAUACAAAUUCUUAUCUUUUUUAAAGUUUACCUCUAGUAUCUUCUUUUCUAACCUAGUAUAUAGAGGAUUUUAGUUUUGUAAAUACCUAUUACAUGCACUGUCUGUCAUAGUAAAAUUGGUUUAAAAUGCACUCGGAUUGUGAUCAGAAACUGGCCUCUUCAGAAAUAAAACUACAGUACUUGAUUGUAUUGACACAACAUCAAUAAAACUUAUUGUAUAAAAGUUCAUCCCA